GAAGAGAAAAUCGGUUUAAAAUCGAGGAGCACGUCGCUCGGACCGCAUCAUCGUCAUUUUUUUUCCUGUGCGAUUUUCGUUCUGUCCGCAGCCAAACAAAACGGAAACUGAAACCGAGGCGAAUCACAAUAAAAAUCAGCUCAGGAUCGCGGGAAGUACCAGUGUGCGGACAAUGUGCGUAAAGUGGGUGACGCGAGCGGCGUCGACGUCGACGACAGAGAGCGGAUAGUGGAUGGUGGAACGAUUGCGAACGGACGCAGACCGAAACAAAAGUGAAAACGUGCAAAACAAAAAAAAAGCGAAUAGCGAAAUACAAAAGCGACAAAAUGUGCGACGCUGCGGCGGCUACGACUACAACAACAACAGUGGAGGCCACAGCGACGCCUGGAACGGUAACGCCAGCGGGAAUGGGAACCACAACGGGAACGGGAACCACAUCCCCAGAAGCUACUGCUGCUACACCAACAACAAAAAGCGAGCGGUCGGCGCGACAAAACUGCUGUCGCCUAUGCGUCGCCCCGCAAAGCGAAUGCAUCUCGAUCAUCAAUAGCUAUGCGGCGGACAAGGAGCCGCUUUCCACCAAGAUCCACAACUGCGUCAGCAUCAAGAUUACACCUCAGGAUCGACUGUCGCUGCAAAUUUGCCACGCCUGCAUCAGCUACCUGAACUCAUGGCAGAGCUUUAAGAACCGCUGCUUCAGCUCCCAGACGAAGCAACGCCAGUGGCUGGAGGCCAACAAGAGCAAGCUCUUCAACUACCUGGACCUGAACAGUGCGGAGAAUGGAGGAGGCUCCUUCGAUCACCAGCAGCAGCAGCAACAGCAGCAAUCGGAGAGUGAGAUCGAGGCGGAGAAGGCGACGCCAACGGCCGCAGCGACGGCCGCCAACAUUUUGGAUGGCAUACACUCGCUGAAGAAACGCAAAUCCUUAACAGUCUAUCCACUGCCUGCAAUCCCCAUCAAAGAUGAGCCCAUUGACACGGAUGACGACUACCAAAUGAAGUCAAUAGACGAGUCCGACGACAUGGUCGAUCCCACAAUGUUCCUAGAGCGCUCCGAGCACGAGGGCGAUGUGCCGUUGACGGCCUCGGACUACGACUAUACGGCGCAGCAUGGCGUGAAUGCCUCGUCCGCAGCAGCAUCGCUGCCGGCGAAUGCGGUGGCCAAUGUGGCAGCCGCCGGGGACUCCAAGGUGGCCAGCUGCCGGGCCUGCAGUCUGCAGUUCUCCACCCGGGCCAACGCCCGUCGCCACGAACGCAAUCUGCACCCGAACCUGUUCCAGCUUUCCACAGACUCGCCCCACAACACGCCCAUUACGAAGCCAACGCCCGCCCUGGCUGCCGCCUUGGAAAUCCAACGGGCGGCAGCGGCGGCGGCCACCGCGGAGGCAAACCGAGCUGCGGGUGCCGCUGGCGGAAAUAUCUCUACCCAAAAAUACCGUCAGGUGGUGAUGAACGCCUUCAUCAAGUGCGAGGGCGGCGGGUAUGACUACGAUAAUCCCGAACUGUACCAGCCGCUGCUCACACGCGACAAGGUGGAGUUCAUCGAGCAGAACGACGAGUUCCUCGAGCAAUACCAGACGAUGACCUGCCGCUGCUGCAGCAAGUACUUCAGCACGUACAAGAACUUCAUGGCGCACGUGCGCAAGAAGUAUCCGCUGCUGCCGCGCAACCUGUGCUUCAAUUGUCUAAAGAUGAACGACUCCAAGGCGCUGUUCAUUUCGCAUCUGAAGAAGCGGAACUGCAUUAAUCUCUUCAGGGUUUUGAAUGCACUGCGUGGCAAGACAACUGCUGUGGUUGUAAGCACUGCCGAGGAUCUGCCAGCCGAAGGAGCGGCAGAAGCCGUUGCGAUUGCCGAUGCCGGAGCAGGAGUGGUAGCCAUGACCAGUCCAACAGUGACCGCCGGCGGAGAUGGCGGCACACCCGGCGCUGGCUCCGAAAGACCGGAAAAGCUGCGCGCCAAGGAGCUGCUGGUUAACAAGCUGUACGAGUGCAAGCUCUGCCCCAAGGGAUUCCGCACCAAGCACGAGUUCCGAACCCAUGUGUAUGACAAGCAUGCGGAUGUGCAGCGCAAGGACAACAAUUCGAUACAGUGCAGCUUCUGCGGACUGGACUUCGCCGAUCCGGUGGACAGGCGACGGCACUACAAUAACAUGGAUUGCAUUGUCCGGCUGCGCUGCAUGACGUGCGAUGCCAAGCUAGAGACGCACCAGCGAUUCCUCGACCACGUCUACCAGGAUCACUUGGGCGGCGUGGGUGGCGGGGCGAGCAGUGAUAAUGCCUCCACCACGGGCAGCGGCAUGGCCAGAAGCAACAGCAUGGAGCACUCGCCGGGAAAGAGGAGCCUGCUCGGCGCCUUGGGCAUUGGUGUCGGCUCCUCGGCGGAUGAGUCGCGAAGCAGCAGUGCGGCCCCGCCGCUGACCUCCACACCAAAGUUGGCGGGAGCAGCGCAAGCGGGUGGCGGCGGCUCCUUAAGCGCCUCAGCCUCCGCUCUGAGCUCGGCAAAUCGAGAUGCGGCCGCACCCAAGUCCCAGUACUUCUCCAGAAUGCCGCAGGUAUGCCCUAUUUGCGGCCAGCAGUACAACAACUACAACAAUGUUCUGCGGCACAUGGAAUCGAAGCAUCCGAACAAGCUGCCAGAGACAUACAAGUGCGUGCGAUGCGGACUGGGCUAUCCCCGGAUCUCCUACCUACGGGAGCACAUGAUCAAUGUGCAUGGCGUGGACAAGAACCGGCACUCCGGCGGCUUCGAGUACAUCGUGAAUGCUGAUGCCGUAAAGUUGGCGGACGGAAGCACGCCGAAUGUCUACACGGGUCGCUACGACUACGUGAUGAAGGACCUUAUGUCGAUAACAAAUGGUGGGACACUCGAUGACGAAGAGGAGGAGCCGGGCAGCGUGGCCAAGAAGAUGCGCCUGGACGACAGCAGCAACAACAGCAGCCUGGUGGGCGUGGCCAGUCAGCAGAAGGAGUGCCCCAUCUGCAAUGCGGUGUUCAGCAACAACAUUGGCCUGUCCAAUCAUAUGCGCUCCCACUACACGGCCUCGAAUGCGGUAAAUGCGGCUCUAGCGGCUGCCAAUCGGAUGACGCCGAAAUCGCUGACCAUUACCGCAACACCAGCAGCGGAUUCGGAGGUUGAACUUUUGGCGGCGUCAUCGGUUUCUGCCCCAACAACUCCUGCCAAUGUGCCGCCGGCAAUGGCUAACCAAACGCCCCAGGAGCAGGCCGUUUUUCGACGAAGUCUCGACCAGGCGGCCGAUCGUCGCUUCCGGCGGAUGCGGUGCCGCAUCUGCCAGCGGCGAUUCAGCUCGAAGAAGUCAUAUCGCUACCACAUGCUCACCGAUCAUCAAGUGCAGAACGUGCAGUUCAUCAAGUGCAAGCUAUGCAACGCCGAGUUUGCCUACGAGAAGGGCCUGAAGGUGCAUCUGUUCAAAGUGCACGGACGGGCGAUAAAGGACGAAAUGAUCAUCAAGCAGUUUGAGUGCGAGGUCUGUUCAAUUGUCUACAGUUCGGAGCUGGAGCUGCAGCAGCACAAGCGCAGCGUCCACAAGUUGGCCUCGGCAUCGGCAUCCACUUCGGCGUCCACGUCCUCCAAGAUUGACGAUGACUCGCUGAUGGACGAAGCCAAGCCUACCGCAUCGGAUCUGGCUAAUCUCGCCACGCUCGCGGCCGGUGCAGCUGCUGUAUCUGCUUCGGGUCAGGGAUUGGGCACUCCGCUGUACUGGUACCAGUGCAAAUACUGUCCAUCCAACUUCAACACCAACAAGAAGCUGGCCAUCCACAUCAACUCGCACGACGAGUUCGACUCGAACGAUUACUCCUGCAAAGAUUGCGGCAAUGUAUACAGCGGACGCAAGAGUUUAUGGGUGCAUCGCUACAAGAAGCAUCCGCAAGUACCCGACCCAGCCGAGUGCUCGCUGUGCCGGAAGGUCUUCUUCGACCGCCAGAUGCAUGACAACCACACGCCCACCUGCAACCGCAAGCCGAUCACCUCGACCGGUGCCCACCAGCAGCAGGAACCGCAGCUGCAACAGCAGCAGGCGUCGCUACAGCCGGCCAGACGAACCAUUUUCCGGCACAAGACCGGCGAUGAUGAGGACGAGGAGGAGGACGAUGACCAGCAGCAGCUGGAGGAUAGGGCCAACAGCGACGGCAACGGGACGACGGCAGGAGUGGCUUCGGGGAGUGCUGUGGUCGCGGCCACGUCGAUGAAGAUACGCAUUCCGGAGGUGGCCUGCACCAUUUGCGGGGCUCGCUUCACCGACCAGGAGCACUUCAGCAAGCACAUCCAGAAGCACGAGCAGGAGCUGUACGUGGACAAUCCGCUGGCAGCGAUGUUCGAUGAUGGGCCGGCGGAUGCCGGGCAGUUCCAGGUGGAGCGACAGAACGAGAACGGGGAAUACGCGUGCGAUUUGUGCGCCAAGACGUUCCCCCAGGUGAUCGCACUCAAGGUGCAUCGCAAGUGGCAUUUCAGAGGUGAUAGCAAGCAGAACCCCAUCGACGGCGAAGCGACACAGUUGACCAACAACAAUCACACCAACAACAACAACAACAACUCGAUGUUGCACCUCCGCGAGCUGCAUGCGGUGGGUCUGAUGCCCAACCAACAGCAGCAACAGCAGAGCCUCAACAACUCGUGCAACAGCAGCAUGAACCACAACAACAGCAGCAGCAACCGCAGCAAAUCGAUGAAGCGGAAACGUGAGCUGAAAUGCGAAUACUGCGCCUCCACCUUCAUCAGCAACAACAAUCUGCGUCGCCACAUGUACGAGCUGCACAAGCACGAGGUGAGCAAUCUGCCGGAGCCGCCAAUAAUCGUUGUGGACGAUCACCUCACCUGCCGUCGCUGCCAAUUGAACUUCGAGACCAAGGAGCUGUGGAUCGAGCACAAGCUGGCCGAUGCGAAGGUGGUGCGACCCUUCUGCCCCUUCCAAUGGGGCUGCGAUCUGUGCGGCGAGUACCUGUCGCGCAAGGAGAAGCUGAUGAACCACAUCAACAACCAUCUCAAGGAGGAGGUCAUAGUGCCAGUGGCCACCAAGGCGGCCAUAGAGAGGACAGCGGCAAUGGAAGCGGCAGAUGCAACAGCAGCAGCAGCGCCACCAAUAACAUCAGGUGAUUUAGCAAAAACAGAUGAGCAUUCUCUGGACAGAGGUCAGGUGGCAGCAACAGCAUCAUCAACAUCAGAGAAGUUGGAGAUUCGCGAGGAAGAAGACAGCGAUGAACUGGACGAGGAGGAUAGCUCGGGCGAAGAGGAGGAGAGUUCAGGCACGGGUGAUGAUGAGGACGACGACACCGACGAUGAGGACGGCGAGGGAGAAGAUGAGGACGAGGAGGGCGACGGGGGUGAAGGCGAAGACGAAGAGGGAGUGCAGCCACCGGGACAACUGUUGCCACAGAAGCAACACAAAGGGACUCUUAACCAGGACGACGAUGAUCUCGUCGAGGAGGUAAUCAGCUCGGACGACGACGAUGAAGAUGAUGGCGAGGUGGAAAGCGACGACGACGAUGAUGAUGUAGAAGAUGACGAUGAGGAGGACGAUGUGGAGGAGCCGGAGCCAGUGGCGUUGCCGGUACGACCGCUGAUGAAUGGCAAGUCCAAGAUGCCGCCGCUGAUAGUAGCCAGCUCCGACGAUGAGGACGAUGGUGUAAUGCCCAUAGAGGACAUCAUCGAGGAGGAGUAUGAUGAGGAUGCCGAUCCGGAUCCCGAUCCGGAGGAUGCCAUCGAGGAGGUUGACGAUGAUGAUUUAGAUGAGGGGGAUGUGGAGGACGAGCCGAAUGUGGUGUCGACGGCCUCCUCCUCGGAGAGCGAGUCCACCACAACGACCACGUCCAAUUCGCAUUCGCGUUCCACGGGUGAGCGGCGUAAGAAGGCCGACGAUCAGUUGAAUGAUCCCGGCUUUACCUGUGUUCUAUGUCAACUUUGUUUCGAUUCUCAGGAGCUUCUCCAGAGCCACAUCAAAAGCCAUAUCCUCAAUGGGCCAAAGCUCUCAACAGCGGCAGCAGCAACACAGCUAGCAGCAGCAACCGAAACCGCAAGCAACACGGCAGCAACAUCGUUAACAGCAGCAACAUUAGCAACGGCAGCAAAGACGAAGCCUGACUCCAAGUCAGCGGUGCUGGCGAUUAAUAACAACAACAAGAGUAAGACUGUUGCUGCCACGGCGACAACUGCAACAGCUGCAACAAAUUGAGUAAUCAUCCUUUCAACACACCUCCAUCAUCUCAAUCUAAACUCACUUGAAAUGUACAAAGCCAAUCCACUCAAACACCGCCAUCAUCAUCUCAUCAUAAUCAUUCAAACAAUGAAAACAUCAGCAACCACAUGAACAUCAGCAACGCAUUCCAUCAACAAAUCAGCCACGUUUAUGUAUAGCACGAGAUGCGUGUGUGUGCGUGU